AUGUCUGACAAAAGUGAACUGAAGGCGGAGUUGGAGCGCAAGAAGCAACGAUUAGCUCAAAUCAGAGAGGAGAAGAAAAGAAAGGAGGAAGAAAGAAAGAAAAAAGAAACUGAUCAGAAGAAAGAAGUUCUUCCCGUACAAGAAGAAUCUGAUCUUGAAAAGAAGAGAAGAGAAGCUGAAGCCUUACUUCAGAGCAUGGGGUUGACACCUGAGUCUCCUGUUGCUGUGCAACCUCUGCGAGUAGUAACAGCGGAUACCUGUCUGUUUCACUAUUUAGUCCCUCCUCCUACCUCUCCGUCUUCCAAAUCCGUGAGUACGCCAAGUGAGGCUGGAAGCCAGGACUCUGGUGAUGGCGCUGUUGGAUCUAGGACGCUGCAUUGGGAUACUGAUCCAUCAGUUCUUCAGCUCCACUCUGAUUCCGAUCUGGGACGUGGACCUGUUAAACUUGGAAUGGCCAAAAUUACACAAGUUGACUUUCCUCCUCGAGAAAUUGUUACAUAUACGAAGGAGACACAAACUCCUGUUAUGACUCAGCCAAAGGAAGAUGAGGAAGAUGAAGACGAUGUGGUUGCACCAAAACCAUUAGUUGAACCUGAGGAAGAAAAAACAUUAAAAAAAGAGGAGGAAGAAGAAGCUGCCCCUCAUGAACUUACAGAAGAAGAAAAACAACAAAUUUUGCAUUCUGAAGAAUUUUUAAGUUUUUUUGACCAUUCCACAAGGAUUGUUGAAAGAGCCCUUUCUGAGCAAAUCAACAUUUUCUUUGACUACAGUGGAAGAGACUUAGAAGACAAGGAAGGAGAGAUUCAAGCAGGAGCAAAACUGUCCUUAAAUAGGCAGUUUUUUGAUGAACGUUGGUCAAAGCAUCGUGUUGUCAGUUGUUUGGACUGGUCAUCUCAGUACCCAGAAUUACUUGUAGCCUCUUACAACAACAAUGAAGAUGCACCUCAUGAGCCUGAUGGAGUGGCCCUUGUAUGGAACAUGAAGUACAAGAAAACUACCCCAGAGUAUGUCUUUCACUGCCAGUCAGCAGUGAUGUCAGCUACGUUUGCAAAAUUCCAUCCCAAUCUGGUGGUUGGUGGCACAUACUCAGGGCAAAUAGUGCUAUGGGAUAAUCGGAGCAAUAAGAGAACCCCGGUGCAGAGAACUCCACUUUCGGCUGCUGCUCACACGCACCCAGUGUACUGUGUAAAUGUUGUUGGGACCCAGAAUGCUCAUAACUUGAUUAGUAUCUCAACUGAUGGGAAAAUAUGCUCUUGGAGUCUGGACAUGCUUUCCCAACCGCAGGAUAGCAUGGAGCUGGUUCACAAACAGUCCAAGGCUGUGGCUGUUACUUGCCUGUCUUUCCCUCUUGGAGAUGUCAACAACUUUGUUGUUGGCAGUGAAGAAGGCUCGGUGUACACUGCGUGCCGUCAUGGCAGCAAAGCUGGAAUCAGUGAGAUGUUUGAAGGACACCAGGGACCAAUCACAGGUAUCAACUGCCAUGCAGCAGUUGGACCUGUAGACUUCUCACAUCUCUUUGUCACCUCUUCUUUUGACUGGACAGUAAAGCUUUGGACAACUAAGAAUAACAAACCUCUCUACUCCUUUGAAGACAACUCCGAUUAUGUUUAUGAUGUGAUGUGGUCUCCAACUCACCCUGCCUUGUUUGCCUGUGUGGAUGGGAUGGGCAGGCUUGACCUGUGGAAUCUCAACAAUGAUACUGAGGUGCCAACUGCAAGCAUUACUGUGGAGGGCAAUCCUGCUCUGAACCGUGUGAGAUGGACACAUUCUGGCAGAGAGAUUGCUGUAGGUGAUUCAGAGGGACAAAUAGUUAUCUAUGACGUGGGAGAGCAAAUUGCCGUUCCUCGCAGUGAUGAGUGGACUCGAUUUGGUCGAACGCUGGCAGAAAUAAAUGCCAACAGAGCUGAUGCAGAAGAGGAAGCUGCAACCCGCAUUCCGGCGUAGAUCUUUAAAAACAGGCAGCAGUGGUAGAUUUGUGAACAAUUUGAUGCAAAUCUUAAAAGUGUAAGCAUGUGUCAGUUCAAAUAAUAGCUUAAAGGAGGAAUAUAUGGAUUCAACUAUGGACUUGGAAAAUGUAUUAAGAUCACUGAAAAUCAGAUCUUGCAUUGUCACUUUUUAUAUAAAAUGACAAGCACAUUCUUGGAUUUGUGUAACUUUUAAUACAGUUAACUUUGACUUUGCAAGGAACUUCUUUUGCUGAAACUAACCUGGUGUAAAUUUGCUGUUGGGCUUCUGAAAUUUCCGCUUUGUAACAGUGUAUCUAUUUCUGAAAAGUAAAAGUUCUGUUUCUAAACUGAGCUUUCUAUAUUACACAGACCUUCAGUAGGUAGUAAAUCUCUGAAGCAUUCUUUAAUUUCAGCUAUUCAAAUUACCCACGGAUAUGCAUGCAUGUGUUCCACGUGAGUUUCAUUGUUAUAUCUAGAUAAGCCUCAGACUCUGGUAGCAGGUAAUAUAUGUGAAUAAAAAUUGUCUGUAGUUACAAACUUAUCUGGUAAUUGGACCUGAAUUAAUGAAAUACAUAUUUAAUAUGAAGCUCUUUUGUUUGAAUUGAUGCAUUACAAGGUGAGACUAAUUCAUAAAUAAAUAUUCU